GAUAAACAUGAAAAACGCGCGUGAUCGAAGGAUAAUGUUAGUUCUAAUGCAGUAAAUAUAACAGUACGGUAGAAAAAAAUGCUCCGAUCACGGACGAUUUUACAACUGAUCUCAGUCAUAGUAGGAUGUUUCCUCCCUUCGACUUCAUCCACUCUUCCAGGGAUGUUAUAUCCAAGAGAAUCUGAAAGCCGAGAGGUGAAGGAAGUCAAUGGAAUCUGGGAUUUCCGAGCAGACAGAUCGGAAAACAGACAAGCUGGUUUCCAAAAUGCGUGGUUUUCAAAGCCUUUAUCAAAGUCAGGGAGUGUGAUUCCCAUGCCUGUUCCAUCAAGUUAUAAUGAUAUCACACAAGACAAAUCUCUCAGGGAUUUCAUUGGAUGGGCAUGGUAUGAACGGGAAGUCUUUGUUCCCAGUUCAUGGAGGAAUAACGACACAAGGGUGGUGUUACGAUUUGAAAGUGCACAUUAUUACAGCAUUGUGUGGGUUAAUGGCAAAGAACUCAUGCAACACAAUGGAGGGCACUUACCAUUUGAAGCUGAUGUUACAUCAUUCCUUCACUAUGAUCAAUCCAAUAGAAUAACAGCGGCCAUCAAUAAUACCUUGACACCCACUACUCUUCCUCCAGGAACAAUAGAAUAUCCUACUGGUGAUGG